UAAAGACAGCAGGAAAAAAAAAGCUUGGAGACCGCUGGAGCUCAGGCACCUGGACGGAGACGCUUCGGCGGAGUGUGGACUCCAAAAACAAGAGACUGGAGCUCCGGGUUCUCUACUUUCGCCGAGUGGAGGCGGCUGAAAUAGCCCAAAAGAAGGGUGUGAGUCUGUGUGGAUGGAAGCUGUCUGUAUCCGACUGA